GCGGAUCAGUGUCUCUUUCGUUACUUUCCUCUCUUGCCUUCAAAUUAACACGCAUCCAUCACCACCAAUCCCUUCCUAUUCUCGCAGCUUUUCACUUCCUAAGCUCCAUCACUCUCUUUACCUCUCAGGGUUCCGAUGAUGAGCUCUGGUAGUAGUAAAAGAAGCAAACUCCUCCUUUCAUGCAUCGUCUUCUCUUCUCUGUUCCUCCUCCUGCUAACGUUCCCCAGUGCGCCAAAACCUGUGGCUUACCACCAUAAACUCCGGGUACAUUCUCACCUUCAUGCCGCCGCUGCCGCGGUCGACCACUGUGACGGCACGCUAUACCCGGAACUGUGCGUUUCCACCCUCUCCGUCUUCCCAGAUUUGCACUCCAAGUCCCUUCCCGAGGUCAUCUGUGCCACCAUCAACGCCACCGAGGCCGCCGUCCGCGGCUCCGCCAAGAACUGCACCAACUACCUCAACAGACGCGGUUACAACCUCGACGGCCGCCAGCGCCUCGCCAUCGGCGACUGCCUCGAUCUCUUCUCGCAGACUCUCGACGAGCUGCGCGCCGCCUCCGCCGGCCUCACAUCCGGCGCCAGCGCCCACGUCGACGAUGUCCAGACGGUCCUUUCCGCCGCCAUCACCAACCAGUACACGUGCCUCGACGGCUUCUCCUACGUCGGUAAAGGUGGCGGAUACCGCUCGGUUAUCAAGCGGCGGCUCUACCACGUCUCGCACCUCGUCAGCAACUCCCUCGCCAUGGUGAAGAAGAUCCAACGGCGGCGGGCGUCACGGCCGCAGCGCGAACCACUGGACGGCUACGGGAAGGUGGCGGACGGGUUCCCAGAUUGGGUGUCGGUGAAAGACCGGAGGCUGCUGCAAGCGCCUUCGAACUCGACGACCCCGAACUUGAUAGUGGCGAAGGACGGGAGCGGCAACUUUACGACGAUAAGCGACGCGGUGGCGGCGGCGCCGAACAACACCAAAACGAGAUUCGUGAUAUAUAUAAAGGCGGGGGCGUAUUUUGAGAAUGUGGAGGUGACGAAGAACAAGAAGAACCUAAUGUUCAUGGGCGAUGGCAUCGGGAAGACGGUGGUGAAGGCGAGCAGGAAUGUGGUCGAUGGAUGGACCACCUUCAGAUCUGCUACCGUCGCUGUAGUGGGCGAUGGGUUUCUCAUGCGAGACAUCACCAUCGAGAACGCCGCAGGGCCCAGCAAGCUCCAAGCCGUGGCGCUCCGGGUGGGCGCCGACCUCUCCGCCUUCUACAAAUGUAGCUUCGUGGGCUAUCAAGACACCCUCUACGUGCACUCUCUACGCCAGUUCUACCGGGAGUGCGAUGUCUACGGCACCAUCGACUUCAUCUUUGGCGACGCCGCGGUCGUGCUCCAGAACUGCAACCUCUACGCCCGGAAGCCCCUGUCGAACCAGCAGAACAUCUUCACCGCGCAAGGCCGAGAGGACCCGAACCAGAACACCGGCAUCUCCAUCCACAAGUGCAAGGUCGCCGCGGCCGCCGACCUCAUCCCGGUGCAGUCCAACUUCUCGACUUAUCUCGGCCGGCCGUGGAAGGAAUUCUCCAGAACGGUGUUCAUGCAGUCGUACCUCGACAGCUUGAUCGAUCCUGCCGGGUGGCUGGAGUGGAAUGGCGACUUUGCGCUGAACACGCUGUACUACGGAGAGUACAUGAACCGGGGUCCCGGCUCGAACACCACGGGCAGGGUGAAGUGGCCGGGCUACCGGGUGAUCAACAGCACGGCGGAGGCGAGCAACUUCACGGUGGCUUCCUUCAUCCAAGGUGAUCAGUGGCUGGGAUCCACUUCCGUCCCUUUUACUUCAGGAUUGAAUUGAGUUCUCAUUCUCCAAACUUUUCGGUAGAUAGUUUUGGCCUGCAUGCAUGAGCGUAGCUCAUCGUUCUCCUUGCAUUGGUCGUUACUUCUACUUCGAAUGCUUGAAUAAUAUGUUCGUUUGAGAUCUUCGAGUCAUCGUGUUUGUUGUGGUGCCACUUUUGAAAUUUGUCUUCUUUCUUG